UGUCGGCCAGCGAGCAGCAUGGAGGCGCCCUGGGGGAUCGGCAACGCCGAGCGGAGCUGGUACGUCUCGGCCCAGCAGUCCGAAGCGGCGGAGGCGGAAGAGUUGAGCCCGUUGCUAAGCAACGAACUUUACAGACAGGGAUCCCCAGGUGUUUCAUUUGGUUUGUCUGUGUUUAAUUUGACAAAUGCCAUCAUGGGAAGUGGCAUCCUUGGUUUAGCUUAUGUUAUGGCUCAUACUGGCAUCCUUGGAUUUAGUUUCUUGUUGCUGAUAGUUGCUCUCCUGGCUUCCUACUCAGUUCACCUCCUGCUAAGUAUGUGUAUUCAGACAGCUGUGACAUCUUAUGAAGAUCUUGGACUCUUUGCAUUUGGAUUACCUGGAAAGAUGGUGGUAGCAGGCACCAUCAUAAUUCAGAAUAUUGGAGUCCUCUCAAAGUGCGGAAAGGAUGAUGAACUCAUUUUAGAUGUACUAGUUUGUAUUGUCCCCUGGGAGACUGGGAUUGGACGUGCUGUUUCAACGCCAUCUGCUGGUCAGCUCAUCUGUGGACAUACUACAGCUUUUUUGAACCUGAACACUAUGUCAUCAUAUCUUGUAAUUAUUAAAACAGAGCUUCCUGCUGCUAUUUCAGAAUUUUUGUCAGGAGGCCAUACUGGGUCUUGGUAUCUUGAUGGACAAAUACUACUAAUAAUCAUUUGUGUUGGCAUUGUGUUCCCUCUUGCACUUCUUCCUAAAAUAGGCUUUCUUGGCUACACGAGUAGUUUAUCAUUUUUCUUUAUGGUGUUCUUUGCUGUUGUGGUAAUAAUUAAAAAAUGGUCCAUCCCUUGUCCUCUGCCAUUAAAUUAUAUAGAACAAUCUUUCCAGAUUUCAAAUGCUACAGAUGAUUGUAAACCAAAGCUCUUUCAUUUCUCCAAAGAGAGUGCUUAUGCCAUACCUACCAUGGCUUUUUCAUUUCUCUGCCAUACCUCAAUAUUGCCCAUAUACUGUGAACUUCAAAGCCCUUCAAAGAAAAGAAUGCAAAAUGCAACCAAUACAGCAAUUGCUUUAAGUUUUCUCAUUUAUUUUAUAUCUGCACUCUUUGGAUACCUCACGUUUUAUGGCAGGACAUGGAACGUUCUUGAGAACGCUCAAUCUUCGUAUCCCUCGUCUGACUGGGGGCGCAGAAGACAUUGGGAAAAUGGAAGACUGACAUGGAGCAAAGCAUGGUCAGCAUGUACAAAUUCUGUCACUGACUACCACUGGCUUGCUGAGUAAGCCAUUUCCCUACAACUACAUUUUCUUAUGAAAGAGGAAUUUACAGGUGAAAUGUUGAUGAAACAGACAACAUGUACAGAAGUGUAAGAUUCUAGAAAACGUUGCGGUAUUGAGGAAAGGGUAUUGGCUUUGGCACCAAAAAAAAAAAGUGGGUACUCUUUUAGCUCUUCGAGCUCUGCCCCUUUGUGCUGUGUGAUCUUGGGCAAGUCCAUUAAUAUUUUUCAGCCUAGCUACCCUCUUAAUUGUUAUAAGGGUACACAUGAUACCCUUUCAAUGAUACAUGUGAAAGCACCUUACAAAACAAACAAAUGUUCAAGACCUUUGGAUUAUGGAAAAGUUCUCAAGUUAUAUGUAUAUAUAUAGAUACAGAUAUAUAUAGAUAUGUAUACAUAUAUAUGUAUUUUCAUGGUCAUAAUUUUAGAAGUUCUGCUGAUUUCUAGUUUAAUUAAAAGAAAAGAUUGUAACUUUAAAGCAGAUAUUUAACUAAUGUCUUUAUGUUUCAAAGGCUAGGGAAAAGGCCAGAGAUGGUUUUGGUACUGAGAAUCCAAAACUUGUUAAGAUCCAUUUGUGCAAAGUAAAAUAGUUUUGCUGUUAUUGACAUCAUAGUAGUUUAAAAUGUGAUCCUUAUUAUUGUUUUAA